UAAAUUAUCACUUGUACGAACAAAAAAAAAAAAUCCAUUUCUUGUGUGUUUUCUUUCAGGUUGUAAUAACCUCCUCCAAUAGGGUUUUAGCUCGAUGGUAUUCUUAGUCCCUGCCCGAGGGAACUCCUUGCAGAAACACUCCAGCAUUCUUCUUCAUACGGCUCCUGUGUUUCCUUUUCAUUCACUACACUCACAGUGCCAGUAUUUUACAGUCUGUAACAUACCUGUUUCAUACUUCCACAGCUAUGAAGGUAAGAAAAAGACUUAUUUUAUAUAUGACUCAUAUAAAUACCUUAUAUAAAUAUAGGAAUAUUAGUUAGAGAAACCUGAGUGACAAGUUACUAUCUAUGUACUGAUGAAUGUAAACAAUAUUGAGAGAUGCACUAUUUCAAAACAGAAAUAGCCCUUUAGGUCUGUGACUCACAUCAGAAUGGAAAAGUUAUCAAAUUAUUUGCAAUUAAUUUUUUUCCCAUUCUUUUUACCUUACAUUAGGCUCAUAAUAGCAUUUACACUGAGUCAUAAACCGAGCCUACCCAACACUUCCAUUAUAGCUGUAGUAAACAGGCCCUAAUUUUUUUUCCAUUCUGAGUUCUAAUACCACAGAAGAUCUUGGAAGCAAUCUGUCCAUCAUUUGGUGCCAUUAAUAAUCAGGGUUUAAAUGGCUCUUUCUUUUUUUUAAGUGCUUUUCACAACCCGUUUUGUGAUGACCGUGCAAAAGUGCCAUUUCCCUUCUUUUCACUUGGUCUGGACCUCACUGACAGUCUGAUGCUCACUCCUACCUCGAGCACGAUUCCCGCGUUAUCUGAUCACCUGACGUGCCUCCUCCUCUCGCGCCGUUUCCGCGCGCCCUCUGCCAGACGCGCAGUUCAGCGCGCGCACAGCAGCGCACACUUCCGCGCACUGCACAGCGGGAAGCGUGUCCAAGCGAGCACUCUGAGGGGUGCACAGAGAGAGAGAGAGAGAGGGGGAGAGAGACCCCCACAGCGCUCCGUUUCCUCCCGCCCGUGCGUGCAUUCAUUCACACAGUCUGAAUAAGUGAUGAGACUGAGAGAAACAGAUGCCGACGCCGCCGCACUUCUCCUUCACAUUCCGGGGGAAGCAGAGCUGAGAGCGCGCGCGGUGUUCUCCUGCGGUUCUCAGAGCGGGACUCAGGGCGCUCCUGCUACACGCCUCUGCUGAAGGUGCAGCGAUGAUUCCGGCUCCCAGCGCCGAGUGCAUGCAAGAUUUCUUGCAGACCAGAGGUUACCCAUCCUCCUCUUUCUCCUGCCCACCCAAGAUGGCUUGCCAUGAGUGCCACUCCAUGCUGCCAGUCUAACUGUGCCCUGGCUCUGUGAUCUCCCUGAGACUUUUCCCCAGUGCACUGCUACAACGCCGCCAAUUACAAUUCCCAUCUGUUGGCUGCCCUUCUCCCUGCUGGUCUCCCUGUCCAUGGCUGCCUUGCUGGGAUCUGUGUUCCUCCUGGUCCUACAGACAUAUGCUGCCCCUCCAGAGUUUAUCCAGAUGUGGCCCAGUGCGCCAACCUCAGGCCCUGGAUAUCUGGCUAAUGAGACAGUCACCCCCUCCCUGGUGCCCCCGCCUGGCACCAGCAAGCACCUUCCUCACAGCAUCAUUAUUGGUGUCCGUAAAGGUGGCACACGUGCUCUUCUGGAGAUGCUGGACAUUCACCCUGAAGUAGCAGCAGCAGCUACUGAAGUUCACUUCUUUGACUGGGAUGAAAACUACGCCAAGGGCCUAGAGUGGUACCGUGACCUUAUGCCAUAUUCAUACCCUCACCAGAUCACCAUCGAAAAGACUCCAGGCUACUUCACCUCACCUUCAGCUCCAGCUCGUAUCCGUGCCAUGAACUCCUCGAUGAAGCUCCUGCUCAUCUUGAGAGACCCUGUUGAGAGAGUCAUCUCCGAUUACACUCAGGUGUACUUCAACCGGCUGGAGAACCACAAGCCUGUGCAUGCAAUAGAGGACAUGCUGGUCAGGAACGGGGCUCUUAACACACGGUACAAGGCCAUUCAGCGUAGUCUCUACGACAUGUAUAUGAGGAACUGGCUCCUGCACUUCCCACUGGAACAGAUCCACAUUGUGGAUGGGGAUGCACUGAUUCAUAACCCCUUGUCAGAGCUGCAGAAGGUGGAGCAUUUCCUGGAGCUGCAGCCACGGAUAGUGGCCUCCAACUUCUACUUCAACCAGACUAAGGGCUUCUACUGCAUCCGCAGCGAUGGCAGAGAAAGGUGCCUGCAUGAGUCCAAAGGGCGACCUCACCCUCCUGUGAACAGCACCGUUCUGGAGCAGCUCCGCUCCUACUUCCGCCAGCACAACCACAAUUUCUACCAGCUGGUUGGACGCACUUUUAACUGGGGCUAGUGCAGGGGAAUAGCUGAGCCUGUCCUAGGUUCUUUGCCAGUAGUAAAGGUUCCUUGCCAACUAAUAAAGUUAUUGGCUGAUUAUCAGUAAUGUUGAGCAAGGGUGCAGAUGGAUGCCUUUGAACUCAUAUUGUGACUGCAGAAUAACUUUGCAAUGAGAAAAUUGUAAUCAUUAAUAAAAUAAUUGAACAAAUAAUUUAUAAAUGAAUAUAUACAGUGGGAGCACCCCAGAGCUUUGAUCCUCUAUACUAUAAGCAAGUUACUGAAGGGAGACUGAAGCAAACAUUUUUGUGAACUCAUGGGCCUUUUUUUUUUUCCUUCAUUUGAUAUUCUUGUACUUGAUAAUAAAUGGUUCU